CUUAAACAAAUUUUUUACAUAAUAAAAAAAACAACACAAAAGUGACAGACUAAGACAAGUGAAGAAGACGACAUCGCUGUCUUUUCUCUUUCUUUCCUUUGUUUACAAAAUUUCACAGCUUUUUUAUUAUUUUUUGAUUAGUACUUAUUUGUGUAUAUAUAUAUAGAAGAUAUAUCUCAAAAAAUCACUUUCAAAAAAAAAAAAAACAAAUCGUAAAACUGAAAUGUAUUCUGGGAUUCAUUCAAUAUCAUUGGAUGGUGGUGAAUAUGGAGUGGUGGGUCAGUUAGAUGGCAAUAAUAACAAUACUUAUGUGGGUGGUGAUCCAUGUUUGGUUUUGACUACGGAUCCGAAGCCCCGGCUCCGGUGGACGUCGGAGCUCCAUGAAAGAUUUGUUGAUGCUGUUACUCAACUUGGUGGCCCUGACAAAGCAACUCCAAAGACAAUCAUGAGGACAAUGGGGGUAAAAGGUCUAACCCUUUAUCAUUUGAAAUCACAUCUUCAGAAAUACCGGCUGGGCAAGCAAUCUUGCAAAGAGUUUACAGAAAAUUCCAAAGAAGCAUCUUGCAUUGCUGAAAGCCAGGACACAGGCUCAUCCACAACAUCAUCAACAAGAAUGAUGCCACCAGAUUCAAAUGAUGGCUUUCAGGUUACAGAAGCUUUGAGAGUGCAGAUGGAAGUCCAACGAAGAUUGCAUGACCAACUGGAGGUUCAACGCCGUCUCCAGUUACGAAUAGAAGCACAAGGCAAGUAUCUUCAAUCGAUCUUGGAAAAAGCGUGUAAAGCUCUAAAUGAUCAGGCAGUUGCGACUGCUGGGCUAGAAGCAGCUAGGGAGGAACUGUCAGAGCUCGCAAUCAAGGUAGCCAAUGACUGCCCUCCAUCCGUCAUCCCCAUCCCUUCACAUCAUGAAGUUGCAGCUUAUCUUGAAAACGGAAUUGCGCCUAGUAUUGAUAGCUGUUUGACAUCAAAUGGAAGCCCAGUUUCACCCUCAGGUUUGAGCUCACAAGCAGCCGUUCUUAGAAAGAGACAACGGGCCAUGUUCAGUAACGGCCAGGCAAGCAGAAUGGAUGAUGUCUGGAUAUCUUGAUGCAAAAUGCAAUCUCAGAAAUGGAGUUUUCUGGUCUUUAUUUUUGAAUUCCUUUUUUGGUUUUGUUUUUGUUCUAUGGUCUAUCUGUGAUCAUUGAUCAGUCUCAACCAAUUGUAACCUUAGUGUUGUGAAAUGUGAAUUGCAGAACAACAAACAAAUUAUCUUUAAUCAAAUUGGGAUGUUAAUUUCAA